AUGUCGCAUUCUAGUAAUUUAAGAACCUUAUAUGCAACAACUUCUUCGUACGACACAACAUCUCAUCAGUCCUUCCAUAACCCAGAUGAUUUAACACCUUCAUGGGACUAUUUAAAGAGUGAUAAAGAAAAAAUAGAAGCGAAAAAUGGCUUGACUUUAGGUGAUUUAGGUGAUUUUGGUAAUUUAUGGAGUUAUUUAAGCACCGAAAAAGAAAAAUGGAGCCCAACUUCUAAUUCGUUUCCUUCUAUGAAAAUCGUUGACGCUGACGGUAACAAUCAUAGUCAACAGUCAACCAACGAUCUAUUGAAACCACCUUCACUACUCUACAACUCUUACUCUUCUGAAGAAGAAAGUAGUAACUUUGAUGAACAUAAAUUAAUACCUGCUGUAAAACAACAACGUCAGCAAUCAUCUACAAAAAUUUUAAAAAAGAAAGUUGUAAACAAUAUUAAUAGCGGCAGUGAUGGUAAUAAUAAAAAGAACACUUCUAAUAUCAAUUUAAAAGAUCUUUUGGCUAAUACAAAAGCUAAAAAAGCAAUGAAACGACAGAGACAAAAACAGAAGCGUUUAGAACAACAAGAACAGAAACAAAAGCUGCAACAAAAUCAACCACAAAAACAGCCACAAAAACAAAAGAUUGUUAAUAAUGACGUAGUGAAAAAAGUCCAUUUUAAUAAAAUAGUUUUGGUUGAUGAUUCAUCAAAUCAUGAGAUACUUAAAGAACCAUCGUUGAAGAUUAAUGUGGAUCAAAAUAUAGAUAAAAAAACAAAAAAAUCUCGAUCUAAAAUUCCAAUGCCCACGGAAAUUUCUGAUAAUCCAAUCCAUGUUUUCGUUGAUCAUUCAAAUAUUUAUAUUGGAUUUCAGAAAGUUUCAUCUUUGCCAUUAAUUCAAAAUCUUGACGAAGCAAAGAAUUCUGGAUAUAAUGUUUCAGAACUUAAACGUGUCGAUAAAGGUAAAGGUGGUAAAAAGGAACAAUGCGUUGAUGAACUUCUUCAACUUAAAAUACUCGAUUCGUUGCUUUAUCAUACACCUGGAACUUUAGUACUUGCAAGUGGAGACGGCAAUGAUGGAGAAUAUUUUCAAGGUGGAUUCCACAGAUGUGUCACCAAAGCAUUGGAACUGGGUUGGAAGGUUGAGAUCAUCAGUUGGAAAAAUCUACUUAGUCAAAACUUCUUGGAUGAGAAGUUCUUGAGUAAAUGGCAAGGACAAUAUCAAGUCAUCUUUUUGGACAACUUUUCCAAGGAAUUGGGUUGUGUUUAUUAA